UUCUCACUCUGUCUUCUCUUCUUUCUGUCUCUCUUCCCCCUUCUUUUCUCUCUGUCUCUAAUUUCUUGACAACUAAAGGAGGCAGCAGGAUAUUGUACCUAUACAUUGUACUGCAAAGACCCCGAAUUUGUGUUGGAGAUGAGAAUUAAGUAUGCACAUUAAUGAAUAGAGCUGUCGUAAUGUUACCGUUUCUUCUAUGAUGGACAGAAUGACUGAAGAUGCACUGCGCCUGAACCUCUUAAAACGGAGCUUGGACCAAGCAGACGACCGGGAGGAUGUCCUGGCAAAGAGGUUGAAAAUGGAAGGGCACGAGGCCAUGGAGCGCCUGAAGAUGCUGGCACUGCUGAAGAGGAAGGAUCUUUCUGGCCUCGAGGUGCCCCACGAGCUCCCAGUGAAGCAGGAUGGUGUUAAAGUCUAUGAAGAGAAGCUGAAUGGGAGCCUGAGGCCCCAUGCUGAUGGCAGGACUGCAGGGCGGCCGGGCAAGGAGAACAUUAAUGAUGAGCCGGUGGACAUGAGCGCAAGGAGAAGUGACCAGGACAGGGGUCGGUUGACCCCCUCACCAGAUAUCAUUGUCCUUUCCGAUAAUGAGGCAUCAAGUCCACGUUCCAGCUCUCGCAUGGAAGAAAGACUUAAGGCAGCCAAUCUUGAAAUGUUUAAGGGUAAAGGCAUAGAGGAGCGCCAGCAGCUUAUCAAACAACUCCGGGAUGAGCUGCGACUGGAAGAGGCCAGGCUGGUGUUGCUGAAGAAACUGAGGCAAAGUCAACUGCAAAAGGAGAAUGUUGUACAGAAGACUCCAGUUGUGCAGAAUGCUGCAUCGAUUGUUCAGCCAUCUCCUGCCCAUGUGGGACAGCAGGGACUGUCCAAGCUUCCCUCCAGGCCUGGAGCCCAGGGGGUUGAGCCUCAGAAUUUAAGAACAUUACAGGGUCACAGUGUCAUUAGGUCUGCCACAAACACGACCCUUCCCCAUAUGCUUAUGUCACAGCGUGUGAUUGCUCCGAAUCCCGCCCAGUUACAAGGGCAGCGCGUUCCUCCUAAACCUGGCCUCAUCCGCACUACAACUCCAAGCAUGAAUCCAGCCAUCAACUACCAGCCGCAGUCAAGUUCUUCUGUUCCUUGCCAGCGUACGACCUCUUCAGCCAUCUACAUGAACCUUGCCUCUCACAUCCAGCCCGGGCCUGUGAAUAGGGUGUCGUCCCCACUCCCCAGCCCCAGUGCUCUGAAUGAUGCUGCUAAUUCCCAGGCAGCCGCCAAGCUUGCCCUGCGCAAGCAACUGGAAAAAACGCUGCUGGAGAUUCCACCCCCGAAACCGCCGGCACCCUUGCUUCACUUCCUGCCCAGCGCAGCCAACAGCGAGUUCAUCUACAUGGUGGGGCUGGAGGAGGUGGUACAGAGUGUUAUUGACAGUCAAGGCAAAGGCUGCGCUUCCCUCCUGCGCAUGGAGCCCUUUGUCUGUGCUCAGUGCCGCACUGACUUCACUCCGCACUGGAAGCAGGAGAAGAACGGGAAGAUCCUGUGUGAGCAGUGCAUGACCUCCAAUCAGAAGAAGGCACUGAAAGCAGAGCACACCAACCGGCUGAAGAAUGCCUUCGUGAAAGCACUGCAGCAGGAGCAGGAAAUUGAGCAGAGGCUACAGCAGCAGGCAGCCUUAUCUCCCACUGCAGCUCCUGCCGUGUCCAGUGUCAGCAAACAGGAGACCAUCAUGAGGCACCACACACUCCGACAGGCUCCACAGCCCCAGAGCACUCUGCAGCGUGGCAUCCCCACCUCUGCCCGCUCGAUGCUGUCCAACUUCGCCCAGGCGCCCCAGCUGUCUGUUGCGGGUGGUCUCCUUGGUAUGCCAGGUGUUAACAUUGCAUACCUGAAUGCUGGGAUCGGAGGCCACAAAGCAUCGAGCUUGGCAGACCGGCAGCGGGAAUACCUUUUAGAUAUGAUCCCACCCCGGUCUAUAUCGCAGUCCAUCAGCGGACAGAAAUAACGCCUAUUGACCCUUCCCCUCCCUCCCCACUUCUGUCGCAUGCAGUGCCUGUACUGGUGCCUACCAUACACGGGAAAAAGACAAAAAAACAUUUCAAAACUUCAGCGACCUGUCCUUUCCCAAACCUUAACUCUUCUCUUUGGUUUUCUAUAGCAGUGAGGUCAGUCCCCUUGCCCGAGGUCAGGACAAUUGUCUGCUUGAAAUCAGCACUAUACAUGUGUUAAUGCUCGUUUUAUGCUAUUUUUUUGUAAUGACAAAGCAUAGAAUUUUUAAUUGUGUUGUUUUAUUUUUUCCUCUGCUAAAUGGAUGGUUAAACUUUUUUCCUUUCCAGAGAUUUUUUUUUUUUAAGAGCAUCCACUCUACUCCAAGUGACCAUUUGUAAAGGGUGGUCCGUGCUGACUCGAGGGGAGGAGGGGGGAGAGGUGGCAGUGUGCUGGCGUUUGGACAGCUGUUCUAUGCACUUAGUAGGGCGAAUUAGGACUUGCGUUCUUUGAGUUGCUCACCAAAAGAGGUAAGGGACAGAGGUUCUGUGGAUGCGUCCAAUUGAAUCUCGCUGAGGGGUUGGUCCAUAGUAGCUUGGCCCACAUGCAUCUGUUAAUGGGGCAUGUCGUCGUUCCCUGGGGAAGUCAGCCCAGGGGGUGAAGGAGCUGUGUUUCCGUGCAGUGCACCCGCCACUUGCAGCACGUGUGGCUGGCUGCAGAUCUCUGUGCUUGACAGAGCAGUGCAAGGGAUGGCGGGGCUGACGAGUUGUGCCAGGGAAUCCCGUCAGUUGUGCUACCAGACCCCGUAAUGCAAUGCAGCGGCAAUGGAUGGGGCGUGUGCCCCAGGAGCGGGCCUGGGAUGCCGCCUGGUGUGUGUUUCCGUCUCCCAGUAAUUCUGAUGCUCCCUGUUUAGAAGUUGAAGUUCUCGAAGGGACUGUGAUGAACUACCAAAGGGCACAGGGGCCUCAUGCCUUUUUAAUCCCCCUGUCCCCAUACUGUUGUGCUCUCAGGAGCAGCUCCCUGCCAUUGACCCCAUGAAGCUGUAAGCGUCCCAGCUGCCGAGCAGGAAGCAUUGCAGGACGCGGUGGUGGGAGCUUGGAUUGGAUUGAGUUCGCAAACCCAAAGCAAGAGCAAGCUGAGAGUCGUCGUCUGCGCAUCGCUCUAUUUGCACUUACCCUCGCGCCGAGAGGGCCCGCACCUGAACCCGGAAGGAGCAGAACCAUCUCCCGGCAGCAGAGGGCGCCACAUCCUCGCCGGGACCCUGGAAAGAGGCCCAGCAGAACUGCAGUCUGGGGAGCGGGAGCCUGGUGCGGAGCCUUCCCACUUGCUGUUGAUUGAAUUAUGUUAAUGGGGGGAACCUCCUUGGCCAAACUGUUACAAAACCAAGCGAAUAUGCUUGAUUUGCUGCUCCUGAGGGGGACCCUGCCCUCCUUGGAAGGCGUUUCCUGAUGGAACAUUACUUGUGCAAUGAAGUGCUAAGUCGCCACUCGCAUGGAGUUUCAUUGUCGGGGUGCCCAGCAGUACCUGCUGUUUGGGAAGAGGCACCCGUCUUUCCAGCGUGCCCCCGUGCUGUGUCACCACCGUCUCUGCUUGCCAGCUGUGGCUGCAAUACCUGAACUGCCAGAGUCUGCACGGAGAGCUGCCGAGUGACUGAGGAAGCAGGUCUGAUGCCUUUCCUUUGAAAACCAGCCGGAUUGCUCCCAGAGAGGCACAGCACGCCUGCCCCUGUCUUUGGAGAGGAGGGUCUGUAUCAAUGCAAGAACUAGACCCCCCCUACUUCUCCUCUCCCUCACCCCAUCAUCUCAAAGUGGGGGGGGGGGGGGGGAGAGCUGUGCUGGUACAACAGGCCCUUCCCCUGUCUCCACUCCCUCGAUUCAGUGAGCACUUAAUAAUACCCGAGGGGCGUGGAUGUGUGGCCGGGGCCCUCCAGAGGUGAAAGGAUUUUUGGAAACUAGUGGAAUGCGCAGUGGCUUUUUUCUUUUUCUUUUGUUUUGUGGUUCACUGUUGUGUAGCUGGCGCGGCACUGGGACGUUGAUUCUCCGUAUCAACCUGCUGUGCUUAGAGGGAAGCACUUUGAUUAACUGUUUCUUCUCCUUUGAUAAACCCAAGAAAUGAUCAGCCCGUCUUUGUGCCCCCUCUCGACAUGGAGUUGGCUUUAUCCCGCUGUCCCCUGGCCCCAUCUCCCCCAGUGAGUGUUACCGAGAGGUACGAGGUGGCCCAAGCAGAUUAGUUGAGAUGAAAAUUAAAAAUGUGCAAUACUUAAUGAGUCCCUGCGGCUGGGGCCUGGUGCACUAGUUAAUUGUCGGAGAGCAAGUUAACAAUAAUGGUGCUAAGUGAAAUUUCUUGGGAAGGGGAUCAGGGUCCCCCACCCACCCCAGGUUGAUUAUUGCAGUGGUUGGUGAAAGAAAACUUCCCUGUCGCUUGCUUAUAGAUUUAUUUCCAUCCUGCAGCCCGGGCCUCGCAGAUCACCCUGUCUGACCCAGUGCAGUGAAGGCUGACCUGCGUCUGUGGCAGGCAGCAUGGUCCGAGCUUGGGUCCGGGAGCCAGGAACUCCCCAGUUCUACUCCCAGUUCUGUGGCCUUGGGUAAGUCACUCCACCUUUCUCUUUCCCCAGCUGUAGAUUGGAGGUAGUGCUUCCCUGCCUCACAGGGGUGUUGUGUGGGCUGCCGGGUGUCCGUCGAGUGCUGGAGGUGCCCAGCGGCUUUACUGGGCUAGGUGAGGCCUGCUCAGACCCUGCUGGCCCAUCUGUUGCUGGCUGUAGCCUUGAAUCGCUCCUUCCCUUUGGCUGAUGUCAUCAGAGAGCUGUUCUCAAGCCCCAGCCAGCGACGGGAGCCAGUCAUAUUACUUGGCCCGCAGCUGUUUUCCCCCCUCUCCAUGGUCCCACACUCCUGCUGAUUGGUUGCUGAAUCGUAAAAUCACUCAUGAGUCCCCCCUCUCCCCCGACUCUUGUCCUGGAAGUGUGUGUCCGCACAUCAAUGGGUUCUGUGGUGCUAAGGGGCUCUCUCCCUGUGUGCAGCCCCAGCUGUUCACAUGAAACAAAAAUUCUCAUCUCCAGCAGGCUUGGGGGGCUGAACCUCAUCUCUGGUUUUGUUCCUUGGUUCUGUAAAUGCUUCCUGCAACAAGCAGGUUCUUCCCACACUUGGUAGAGAGGCACCCCGAGUUAGAAAGCACAGAGCAAAUGCUCCCUCAGGGCCCUGGGCUGGGUUCAGUGCACAGCAAUCCAGCAGCAGUCAGCAGGUGUCACCUGGGAGCACCAAAAACGGCAACUGCUUCUUGUUUCAAUGCUGUUUCCAUCCCCCAGUCAUCAGAGCCCAUCCUUCACUCCUCCUGCUGCCCUGGGCACCUUACCCCUUCCACUGGGGAAUCUCCCUGGCUUCCCCAGUGAGUUUCUGGUGCCUAGACCCUUGUACUGCUGCUGGGGAUGGAGUGUCCAACUCUACAGACAGAAGUUUGGUUCAUUGCAGUAUUUGACACCCCACCCCUCCCACCUCACUCUGCCUACUGAUCUCUGUGUCUAAGGGGAAUUAAGAUGCUUGCUUUGUCUGUGAUCUGCACAGGUUUAAAUUUUUUUUUGUCUUGACCACAGCGCGCGACCACCCCCCAAUCCCUGGUAAAGUGCCCCUCCCCCUUUAUGGAUGUGAUGUACGGUAGAAAAUCGUCUCUUUUUUUAGAUACAGAAAUAGGGAUUUUUUUCCCCGCUUCGGUUAGCUUUUCUUUUACAGCUAGAUGUAGAGCUGCUUGUGAACGCUUAGUGGGGUUUUAUUUUUUGUUCCUCCAAAGGCAUAACCCAUCCCUCCCCCUUUCUUCUCUAACCCUCCCCCAUCUCCACUCACCCACCCCGACAAGAUCUUAAUUAGCUUAUGAUAUUGCUGCCGAAAUGUUAUAACAAGGACUCAUUCGUGUAUAUAAGCUAUUUCUUGACACAUUAAAAACAAUUGUACAUUGUGUAGAAAACAAAACAAAACAAAAAAAAAAACAGCCUCGCCAUGGAUAUUGUGAAAGUUGUUACGUCCUUUUGUAGUGUGACCUUUUGUGUAUGACCUGAAACGUGCAAAAGGGGUGGUUUCCGGCGGGUGGGUUAGGGAAGCGAAGUCAGACAGCUGCAGAGGGCAAAGAUCCCAGAGGCUGGCACUCUUGUCCGGGCGGGAACUGCUAGCCUGCAGAAAUGCACUGGUGGCAAUCGCCACCUCCCAAAUCUGUGCCUUUCACACACACAAAGAAGGACCCUACAAGUUACCAGCACCCCCUAGUGCAGUGGAGGCAGGAAGUUUCUUCCCCCAGCGUUAAGUUUACAGCUCGUGAUGUCUCUCUAACCAGCAGUGGUGGUGCAUUCCCGUGGGGAGCAUCCGGAUCUUGGGGAGUGGGACCAGGGUGGGGACAAGUAUUAUGAACUGUAAUUGUAUUUGCACUGUUUUUAUUAUUGCAUUGGCAUAUAUACAAUAUACAUCUAUAACAACCUGCAGUGUGCGGCUUCCUUCAUGUUCUGCCAGCCAGAGCCCAUGCAGAUGCUGAGCAGAGUCCCAGGAUGAAACGAUACAGAGCUGCUCAGACCGGCUGCUGGGAAUGGGGGGAAACAUCUCUUCCCAACAGCUAUGAUAAUCCAAAGAGCUCGAGACGCGUGGUCUCCAGUGCUCUGUGACUGGCUGCCCCAGGAUUCCUGUGGUCGUUAGCCCCUCCCGUGGAGGGGCAGCGUCAGCAGUUGUUGGUCCGACAUAAAGGUGCUGGCACUGGGUGCUGGUUUAACCCUUCCCAGGGUUCCGAAUGUCUUACCAAUGCCUGAGUGCACUCUCCCUGAGUGCGUCUGCCAGAGCAAACGGCAUCUGUAAGAUCCGGAGCCCUUUGGAGCCCCGGCUUCUCGUCACCUUCCCCCCCCUCCCCCCCCGUGGCACCCGAGUCUAAGCCAGCCAACACCUACACUCCCUGCAACUGACCCCACCUGACAACUCACGUUCACCCCAACUGGGUGCAUUUCUCUUGCCGCAGCCUGGCGGGUCCUGGCUCAGAAUUUGCUCGCCCACCCUUUGCCCUGCUGGAAAAACCCUCAAAUCCCACUGGGUGAGCAGCAUUGUGCUAGGGCUGCCCUAGCAUGGCCCACAGGCAGCCCAUUGUGUGGGGUCUCUGCUCCCCAGGGCUGGGUAAUGGCUUGUUCUCUCCAGUCCCCCUCACCCCUGCCUGCCAGUUCCUGGCUCCUCUGAAGCCUUCAAUGUCAGCACAUGCACCCACCUGCUUCCCCAUGAGCAUCCCGCUGUUGGCAGCUGGAGCAGAGGGCCCAGGGAUCACUGGCACCAGAACACCCAGGGACUGAUCCCCUUCCAGGGUGGGCUCCUGGUACCAGCAGCGAAGGCUGCCCCAGCAGUUUGUGCAUGACGGGAGGGGACCGAAAUGCAUUGGACUGGGUGGGGUGGGAAGCUACAGACCCCUCUCUUUUCUGGGGGCGGAGAAGGGGGUGUUAGUGUCUCACUUCCACGAACACCCUCAGCCCCUCCAGCUGUCAGUGUGGCCAAGAGGUUGCACUGACGGAGGUGACUGGCUGGCUAGAAACGGGCUAAGCAGCUCCAGGCAGACCCCAUUCCCUCGGGGUGCUGUGGUAGGGACGGUCUGGGCAUAGGGCUACACCAGGGUGCUUUAGAGAGGACAGAGGCAAUUCCAGUGCAUUUUGCAGACUUCUGUUUGCACUCUGUCACCACCAUGUGCAGCUCUGCUCUGGAAAGACUCCAGAUCAGCGACUCUUGCUAAACUCGUUCGGGAGCUGGGAGCCGGGUCGUCGCCCUUCUCCUCCAGCGUGUUCUCGCUGUGUCUGCGCCCAGUUUGCAUGGCUGAAACCAAGCAGGAGGUUGAGUUCUCCAGCCAGGCUGUGGCUAGCUCUGACGGAGCGAACCGAGGGGAAGGCGGUGAAGUGGGAGCGAGAGGCUCCCCGUUAGCAUAGCACUUCAGAGCAGAAACCGCUGCGCCUCUCAACAGAUUUUCACAGGGUUGGCCCAGGUGGUGUCCUGUCCCUUCCCGCCACCUCAAGUGUAGCCCAAAUCUUCACAGGUGAUUUUAGAGGCCCAACUGGAGCCUUUCAAAGGGGCCAGCUUUUCCGGCAGCCCUUCCUGAAAGUCUAGACCCCUUUAAGGCAGCUCCGACUGGGCACGCAAAAUCGCUACCCACUUCCGCAAACUUCGUUCUGUAGCUGCUUCCAGUCUAGCUGCUCAGGGCCUGGAGUCACCGCUUGAAUGCCCGACGUCCCUGGACGGGUGCUGCUGGAUCGAACUUCUCAGCAGAGGCCUCCUUCCCCCAAACAGUUUGUGCAAAGGCACUGGUGCCGUGCUCUGCCUGGUCCUGACUGCACAUCCUCACUGAGUGAUGCCCUCCGAGCUCGGAGGGGAGGGAGAAGUCUGGGUGGAUAGCAAGGGGUACCGCAUGGCAAAGCGAAGGGGUCCCAGCCUCACACCUGCAGCCUAGCUAACCGAGAGGUGGGGGGGAAACCAGGCCUUUUGCACAAUUUUAAGUUUUUUUUGCAUUGUGUUUUGAAAUCUGGUUUAAAAAAAAAGCUGUUUAAAUACUGCCAAGCAAUUAUGCAGUGACUGGUUAAAAAUAAGCUAAUUUUUGGAGAAAGGAUUAAAAAAAAAAACUUUGUAAUAUUUAUCACUUGCAAGCUAUGUUUAAUAAAGAAAGGAAUGAUUUAUAACUUUU